AGAAUUGCUCUACUGUUGACUUUGUCCACAGGUCAUGUUUCAUUAAAAGUGCUGAGGAGCACCCAGAACUCUGAAGACAGCAAUUCUGUGCAAGAUAAGAUGUUCCUUAAAGAAGCCGAUGGAGGAUAGAGCUCCAGAGCACCUGGCAGACACUGACAGCAUAAGAUGACGCCAUAGUCUAGACUGAAAUAAUUGACAUCUGAAUUUCUCCCUAGUAUUGCCCUAGGAUGAGCUAUCUCAUGUGGAAGAAUUUGUCCGCAUCUCCUAUCCUGAGGAGGUAAGUUGAUUGGAUUCAUCUACUUGCUCUGGGAGAUGCAACACAAUAGACUGAGCGUUCUCAUGUGCAUUGCCACUGCAGCCUUCCAGGUGGUAUCUACGUCUUAGGAGCUCUGCUCAGUAUUAAAGGGAGUUGGGAAGCYGGGAAUGAUGUUGGACAACGAACUCAGUUGAAAGCCACCUGUACUGUCUUCCUAUGGAAACUAAAGAUAACCGAAUUUUGUCAUGAAGUCUCUUCUGGGCAACAGAAUUAUGAUUGCCUUUAGGGGGAAAAAAUAUAAAACUGGAAAACUGGAAAUAUGGAAGCCCUAUCAAUAGAGUAUCACUGAAACCUCAGAUCAAACCCCAACUCAGACUGACUUUUGUCUCUGCAUUUGAGGCCUGUAGAGAGCAAGCACAUUUCCAAGUGAGCAAACUACUCCAUGAGAAUUAUUGAGAAGCCAGAUACAAGGUCUCGCCAGCCCAGCUGUGAUGGAGCCAGGAGAGGAAGCUGAAGGACAAGCGGGACGGCUGAGCAGGAAGGAGCAGUCUGGGGAAAGCUGCCGGAAAACGGCCCCGCUCGCUUGGGCUGCCCGGUGGAGUGGAUUAGUGCCYGGAGACAGGAUGUAUCUGUUUGUCCUCUCGCAGGUGUUGCUUCUCUGCAUGAUGCUGUGCUACAGCACGUACGGGACCAUCCCAGCAGCUCAGAACGCCUUGGACCUGCUCUCUUACACACUUACCCCCUUUGGGCAGUUUCUGUCAGACCAAGGAGAGGACCUGACCAGAGCUGGGAGCAUCGUAAUAUCCUAUAUCCUGCUAUCAUUAGCUUCUCUAGGACUGCUACUUGUAGGAUCUCUGUUUUGGCAUCUGAUCAGAGCCCGUUCAGACCCUCCCUUUCCGCCACAAGAGGACAGGCGCCAAUCUGUGAGCCGCCAGCCGUCGUUCACGUACUCMGAGUGGACAGAGGAUAAAAAUGAGGAUGACUUCCUAGAUUUGGAUCCCGUACCGGAGACCCCAGUCUUCGACUGCGUAAUGGACAUUAAAGCAGAGACGGAUCCGGCCUCGCUAACGGUUAAAUCCGUGGGCUUGCAAGAAAGGAGAGGUUCAAAUGUUUCACUCACACUAGAUAUGUGUACGCCGGGCUGCUCCGAGCAAGGCUUUGGCUAUGUCAUGUCGCCCCGGGAGCAGUCAGCUCAAGAAUACCUUCAAUCAGCAUCAAACAUCCUGACUGAAGAGGAGCUGCACAAGAAGGCCUUGGAUCCCUUCAUACUCCAGGCAGAGUUCUUUGAAAUUCCAAUGAACUUCGUUGAUCCAAAGGAAUAUGAUAUUCCAGGCUUAGUGCGGAAGAAUCGCUACAAAACAAUUCUCCCAAAUCCUCACAGCAGAGUGUGCCUUACCUCAGCUGAUCAGGACGACCCCCUUAGCUCUUACAUCAAUGCUAACUACAUCAGGGGCUAUGGAGGAGAGGAAAAGGUAUAUAUUGCUACUCAGGGACCGAUAGUUAAUACUGUAAGUGAUUUCUGGAGAAUGGUGUGGCAGGAGCGUUGUCCCAUCAUUGUCAUGAUUACCAAUAUAGAAGAGAUGAAUGAGAAAUGCACAGAAUAUUGGCCAGAGGAACAGGUCACCUACGAAGGAAUAGAAAUCACAGUUAACCAAGUCAUACAAGCAGAUGAUUACCGUUUAAGGCUCAUCACGCUAAAGAAAGGUGAAGAAGUCAGAAACCUGAAACAUUACUGGUACACAUCUUGGCCAGACCAGAAAACACCAGAUCAAGCUCCCCCUCUGUUGCAGUUAGUACUGGAAGUGGAAGAGGCCAUGCAGGAUGCAGAAGAGAAAAAUGCCCCAGUGAUUGUUCACUGCAGUGCAGGCAUCGGAAGGACUGGCUGCUUCAUUGCCACCAGUGUUUGUUGUAAACAGCUGAAGAGCGAGGGCAUAGUUGACAUACUGCGAACAACCUGCCAGCUACGGCUAGACAGGGGAGGAAUGAUCCAGACUUGUGAGCAGUAUCAAUUUGUCCAUCAUGUCAUGAGCUUGUAUGGAAAACAGCUUUCUAGAGCAGCAGAAGAAUAACUGUUCAUGAUAUUCCUAAAGUCAAGACAACUUUUGACUGCAUUCAUAUCUAUUUCAGAUCUGAUAAGAGAUAUGUGGUAACCUGGCUGUCUUAGCUGGAGAGAGAGCRAGAGAGAUUAUUUUACUUUGAUAUUGCUUUUAUGCUCUUGUUUGCAUUGACAUUUAAGAGCUGAGGUAUGCCUUGUCUUAAACACUUGUGACAGGACACAAACUUCACCAAAAAAGGCUUAUUAAACUGUAAAUAAGAACAGUAGCUUCAUUUGUUACAAAAUCCAAAAAGAAAAAGCAACCCACUGUCUUCAGUUUGCUGUUUUUAAAAGAUAAUUGCUAAUAUAUCCAAAAACAGUGUGAAACUUUUUGAAUUGUCAUGCUGAAAUAUGUACCGUAUGUUGACUAAGCUUGAAAGUAACUUUUUGCCUCUGUUUUUACAUAUAAGAUUACCGAAUACUGUGUGUAUCGUAAACCUUUGGAGCCUUUGCGUUGAAAGAUUCAAGUAGAUACACGUUGAAGUGAAAUUUCACACCUCAUGUUUGCUUGUUUGGGAUUUUUGUUUGUUUUUAAAAAASUCACCCCCGGGAUUACCAGAACUAAAAGGAAAGAAUUAUUUCACUGACAUGAGUCAAAUUCUCACCUGCAAUUCCUACCAGCAACGUAUCCCAAAAUGAUAAAACCUUGGGUGAAUCUGCGCUUAGUAGAAGUUAAUGUGAACAUAAACUCUUUGUGCUUUAUCUUUUAUUUGUUAGUAUUUUGCAGUCUCAGACUGCGUCCAUUUUUACAUAGACCACAAUUCUAAUACUCCUUUUCCUUCUGAAAUUUCAAGUUUGAAAUCAGGUGAGAAAAUUUGACUUGAUUUCACCUUUAUUGAAAGUGCAGUGGUAAGAUGGUUUGUGCUGAAUUUGAACUCGUUUCAAAGCUUUGAGGCUGACUGCAUGCCCAGUGCACAUUAAAAUUAAUGAGACUAGAAAUGUAAAUCCUGUAGGCAGCUUUAGGAAAAUCUCAUCCUGAGUGUGUUGACUGCUUUUUAAUAAAUYUGCCCUCAAACCAAAUUUAGACAAUCAUUAGCACCUUCUAAUCGCUUGUCUGGGCAACAGUAUUUCCUUUUAGAUAAUACAGACUGCUGCUCCUGCUUUUCUUUUUAGACCUCAGUCUGGCUGAAGACUGAAAUUUAUAUCUAAUCCUUAGAGGUAAGCACAUGUUUUAAUUCUUUAUUGAGCAAAGAGAGGGGUAUACAGAAGCUUUAACAAGAAAAGAUGAGUGUUCCAUGAAUAGAAACCAUAAUGAUCUACUAAAAAUAUUUUUACUUCUCUCUUUUUUGUAGUAAUAAUCCACACCCACCACUUUUAUUAGUGCAGGAGAUGGAGAAUUUAUUGCAAUUGCUAAUCAGGAGGGGGUAAAACAGCACGUGGAACAGCAAGGACUGAUCCUGCUUGCACUGAGGGUUUGCCUUUGCCUUCAGGAGACGCAGGGUAGGGCUAGAAAUGUUGUAUCUACAACUUGGUCACUGUGGGGAAAGCUUCCCAGCAUUUCAGUACAUACCUUUUGUGUUUAUUCUGUAUCCAUGAAUCUGUUUAAAAAAAAAAAAUCCUGUCGGCAGGAUUUGCAUGAAUGUGUGGCAAAAUGUGUUAUAUUUAAACCACUUGAUUUUAUUGC